CGGCGGGGGCCGCGGGCUCGCCGCGGCGCGCCGUGCUCGCCGCGCGGGCGCGGGCGCAGAGGCCGCAGCACGCUCGCCCCCCGGCCCCCCGGGCCGGGCCCCCGGCGGGGCCCUAGCGAAUGGCAGCCCGCCCCGCCCGCGUCCUGGGCGCAGCGAUCCCCGCGCUGCUGGCCGUGCUCCUGGGUGGCGUGGGCGCCGAGAAGGCGCCCGUCGUCGUGCACAGGAAGGUUCGCCACUCCGCGCUGCAGGUCUCGCGCCUCGGCGCCUCUGGGGCGCGGCACCGGCAUGGGCGCAGGCAGGACAGGCCUGGGUCCAGCGGCGACCCGGCCCUGCUGCAGCAGCUCGCGCGGGAGUCCAGCGCCGCCGCGGCCGAGAUGACGGCGGAGGCGCAGGAUCAGCUCGGCAACAUAGAGCUGGCCCACCAGGAGGCGGCGGGCGCGCAGCACAACUCGAAGACAGAGGGCGAUAUGCUUCACACGGCCCUGCUGGAAAACAACGAGAACCUGCUUGUCAUCCAGAAGCUGGCGGAGACCGUGAGCAAGAUGAAGGUCCAAUGGCAGGAGAUCGAGCGGCAGGAGCUCCUCUGCCGGAAGCGAGUGGCCGACCUGAGGAACGGGCAGUCUCAGAGGGUCGAAGACAGCGCCCUGGCCAACUCCGUGGAUGAUGCGGCCCGCGCCUAGGCAAUGUGACUGCUGGACAGACUUGUGCCGAGUGAUGCUUCGAUGCCAUUCUUGCCGCUGCAGUUAUCGCUCCCUAUCUUGCACUCCCCUCUUCUGGGGGUUUGCUGUAAGUAUUGUGGCUCGGUCAGCGUGGUG